AUGAAUCAAGAUAAUAUCAAAGCAGAAUCCAUCACUUUAAAAUAUGAAAAAUAUGAUUCGCAAAAUAAUUAUCUUUUUUUCGAGAAAGAUAAUGAGAUUUUAAAUCUUGAUAAAUUCAGAUAUGAUGAUGAACAUAAUGAAAAUGUACCAGAAAUCAAAGCUAAAUUCACUAAAGGAAAAUAUUCUGGAAAAGAAGCUUUUGUGAUUAAUAGACAUCACACAUAUAAUAUCUAUUAUAAUAAUAAAAUUUAUAUGAAGAUUGAACCUGAUCAAUAUGGAUUCUCAUUUUUAGGUGUUAAUGGAAACAAAGAAUAUUUUUCUUUAACAUUUAAAAACAAGAAAUUAGAUAAAAUCCCAGAUGAAUUCACAUGUGAAUUUAACGGAAUCCCUAUCGAAAAAAAUUUAUGUUAUAAUCAAGAAUGUUUUGAUAUUACUGAUUUUGGAGAAUAUAUCAUUAAGAAAAAUAAUAAUUUUUAUAGAAAAUUAAUCACUCAUCAUGUUUGGAAUUAUUAUUUUGAAGACGGAGAUGAA